AUGAAUACGGUGUGAAUAUUAAAAAAUCAACAUCAACAAAGUCAUGUCGUUAAAAAUAUUAAAAUUGCCUCAAUUGCCAGAGAAGCUUAAAGGAACAAUCGUAGAACGAUGGAUCAACUACUGGAAAGGCCUUGGACGUGAUUAUAAAGAAGUCGGAAAGGAUACUUUAAAGUUCAUGAAGGCAAAUCCAGUAAAGUCGUCAAUCUAUGGAUCAAUCGGACUAUCUUCAUAUAUCAGCUAUAAAACAAACCCAACGUUUGAACAAUAUACUGAUCAAUUAAGAACAGCACAAAAUCUUAUUGGAAUGGUUUUUCCUGAAUCGCAGAAUCCAAAAACUUUAGGAUAUUUAAGAUAUAUGGAACACUGUAGAAACGAGGAGAGAAUUAGAAUAUCAUCAUUUGCUCUGUUUUCAUUCAUUUGGGUUCAUGACAAUUCCAAUCAUUUAUCAACUGCCGAUGCUAAAUGUGACUACUUAAAGCCUACAUAUUCGUCCAUGUACGAUAGAAUUGUUGAUUUUGGAUUCUAUGGUACGUACUGGAACCUGAAGAAGCAAAUGGAAAAUUACGAUGUUAAUUUAUAACAAUUUUUAUUUAAUUAAAAUUAGAUUAUAUAUAGCAAUUAUAAAAUGCUUUAACUACUCAAUAGCUUCUGUAGCUUUAAUAUC